UGUUUGCUCCUCGUCGGCUUCAGUAAAAUUUCGGGAAACAUCACUUCUGCGAGCGCUUUUUAUUUAUUUUUGUAAUUUAUUCCCUCAUUAUAAGCUUUAGAAAUGUUUUCUUUGACGCGUAAACUCGGAUCACUUAAGGUAAGUGUAUUUUCAAGACUGAUUUUGCUAGUGAAUUAUUUCGUACGCGUAAAAAAUCUUGCAUAGGACGAGUCAAUAAUUUUUCGUGCAGCUGAAUAACGAAGGAGGCUUAUUGCACAAUCGUGAAAAUCUAGAAAGUACAUCGUUAUUUAAGGUUGUUCUUCACCAAGAAUCUGUGAUAUUUUAAAAUCUAGCUUUGUUUAAACUUUUUACCUCUGCUGUUCAAUUUUCAAAAUUUUACACGUUAAUUCUUUGUAUACCUCUUAGCUUAAGUGCUAGUUUACCCCCAUGUGAGUAAAAUCACUGAUUAAAUUAAUUCACCCUUUUUCUGAAUAAAGUGGUUACAUACACACAUGAACAUAUUGCAAUGAACGUUUAAAACAAAAUAUAAAAUUUUCUUUUCAAGUGCAGUUAGAAUGGAAAUGUAGUAACGAAAAGCCAUUUCAUAGCUGAAACACUUUCCCAUCUUAACGUCUUUAACAGAAGUACCUCUCUGGGUACCGACGUGGGAUGCAUGUACUCCUUUACUCAAAGCAUUUGGGUGAAUGGUGUGAGAGGGUAGGGUGUUUUUAACCGAAAUAUCAUUCAUCAUUAUUUGACAGACUUUCAACAUAACUUUAACCCAUUCCUUACCAAGAUCUAAAUUUCAAUUCUCCUCACCAGUGCCAUACAUUUCUUCUAAUUUAACAUGAGAAUUUGUUGUUAAAUCAAAUGGUAUCUCCUGGUCGGUAUUUUACUUACUCAUAAUGUUGUCCUUUGAGUUUGUAACUGUAUUUUUACCAUGAGGAGAAAUUUCCUUUGGUUACUCCUAGUCUGAGAAGGUUAUAGAAAGCCCUCUAACCAUUUAGUUCUCAUUUCAUUCACAGCCCUGUUAUGAUAGUCUCCUAAGCAACACAGCGUUGCAGUCUCUUUGCCGAUCUGUGUCAGUGAGGGUCACUAUAUGGACAGGCCAAGAGAAACUUGAAGAUGACGACCCUGAAAUGUACAACUUGAUUCAACAGGAAAAGGAUCGUCAAGUUAGGGGGCUGGAACUCAUUGCCUCUGAGGUCUGAAAUGAAAAUUUUCUCUUUUUCUACUACACUGCCCACCUAGGGAAAAUAAUACAUACUGUGAUGAUGACGCUAAUGAUGAUGAUUGUUAUGAAAAUUGUGUUUAGAUUUUCGAGAAAAUUCUAACUUUGUUAUAAGUGAUUAAGUUCUAUAAAUGUCUUUCUUUUGGGUGUUAAUAACUGUAUACUUAUUGUGAAGUGUUAGUCAAUUGUUAACAAUUCCUUAUGGUUUACUUUUACACUUAAUUGCUAUUGCUAUUUUUGCGUGGGAAUUCAUUUCUAGUUUGUUAUUAACUGUAUGCUUGUUGUGAAGUGUUUGUUGUUUGUUAACAGUCCCUUAUGAUUUACUUUAAUUUACACUUCAUUGCUAUUUCUAUUUUUGCAUGGGAAUUAAUUUCGGGUUUGUUAUUAACUGUGUGCUUAUUUUGAAGUUUUGGUCAUUUCUUAACAGUCCCUAAUGAUUUACUUUUACACUUAAUUGCUAUUUCUAUUUUUGCGUGGGAAUUAAUUUCUGGUUUGUUAUUAACUGUAUGCUUAUUUUGAAGUCCUUGUCAUUUGUUAACAAUCCCCAUUGGUUUACUUUGAAGAAAUGUAAAAUGGUUUCUUUGUUUACAUAGCUCAAUAAGCUGGAAACCACUCUGCUUUGUGUCGUGGUUUCCUACACUUACCUCAUGUUCUCCCAACCUCCUGCAUGUUUACAUCAGGCUAUGGAAACACGAAAACCAUUUUACAUACACUCAUGUAAAAUGGUUUUAUGGCCAAUCAGAGCGCAUGUACUAUUUUAAUUAUUUUAUAAUUACACUCAAUUGCUAUUUCUAUUUUUGCGUGGGAAUUAAUUUCUGUUUUGUUAUUAACUGUAUGCCUAUUUUGAAGUGUUUGUCAUUUGUUAACAAUCCCUAUUGGUUUACUUUUACACUCAAUUGCUAUUUCUAUUUUUGCGUGGGAAUUAAUUUCUGUUUUGUUAUUAACUGUAUGCUUAUUUUGAAGUGUUUUUCAUUUGUUAACAAUCCCUAUUGGUUUACUUUUACACUUAAUUGCAAUUUCUAUUUUUGUGUGGGAAUUAAUUUCUAGUUUGUUUCAUAAUGUAUCUCUAUAGCUGCGAUGUAUUUCUAUAGCUGGAAUUUUCAAAGAUGAGAGUGAAGGAAUGACCAUUUUGAGUUUAAAUUGAAGAGUCUGAGAUGUUGUUUUAAAGUUGUGUAUAAAUAAAGUUGUUCUGGUUUGGAUCAUCGACCCUACAUGUAUAUUGGUUUCAUUUUGCAACUUCGACCUCAUAACAAUGAUAGUGAUUUUUGCUGUAUUGAGUGUCAAUUUUCCCACUGAUUGCCUGAUUCCUCUUCCUGUUGCGUAAGUGAUAAGCUUAAUUGGUUGAGCUCCAAAGUGUGCAGUCCCUGUGUGGAGUGAUAAUCAGUCUUAAAAUAACUGAUUUUUUAUGUUUAUUCAAAGAACUUCUGCAGUCGUGCUGCCCUAGAAGCCAUGGGAUCUUGCUUAAACAACAAGUAUUCUGAAGGAUACCCUGGUCAAAGGUAAAUUAUUUUCCUACCUCGAGUAACAUUUUGUCAUUGGACUCAUGAAUACAACUGAAUUAACCUGCAUAGAAUUUAAUAUGCAUGAUAAUUUUUAGGGUUCACACAACCAUUUCAUAAAAGGGUAGGUUUGUAUAGAAACUAAAAUGCUCAGCUGUCAGUGGGGGGUGUUACAAGAUAAUUAAGUUUAAUCAAAUGAGUUGAUAAUGUAAACUGGCCACUGUAAAAAGUUUCUAUAGUUGAUGUUUUGAGUGUUAGCCCAUUCACUGAGUUAGAAUUGAAUCAAUAUUGUUCAAAUUUUUUAAGUUGUCUCUUGGUGGCUUACAAUAAAAAAAUAAUCAUCAGAAAUAAGAUCCAAGUUACCAGAAGAAAGGAAACUUUGUACAAUAUAUUAUGCUGAUUACCCAGUACCCUGUUAAUCAAUGAAGUAAGCAAUACUACUAAUAACCAUUUUGGAGUUUCAUGGGACUUUUCAAGGGUUAAUACCGAGUCAACUGGGAAGAAGAAGGCUAUUUUUCUGAAAGAGUAAUGGCGGUUAGAGCAUAUCAGUGCUGCAUGCAAGUUUACCUUUUUUUAGCGUAAACUAUAGGCUCUGAUGUCCCAGUGAUUAUAAAAACUUGCAACUUAAUACACAACUGCAGAAUACUUGUUGCCAAAUAAACAACUUUUAUUCAUUUGCAAUUUUAUUCUGGUAAUAAAUUUUUUUCCCACUGGCUAUGGCAACCAGAAUGGUAUCAGGAAAGAGUUGUGGUUUGUUUACUUUACAAAUCAUUUUUCACUUAAACUGGUGGUUUUCUUUUUACAGAUAUUAUGGAGGAACACAGAUAAUUGAUAAAAUUGAGCUGCUUGUUCAGAAGAGAGCACUUGAAGCUUUUAAUCUGGAUCCAAAAGAGUGGGGUGUGAAUGUUCAACCAUACUCAGGUAAAGAUUUGUUAGAAACAAGAGAAAAUUAUGCCUCAAAGUCUUGGUCUUUGAAAUCAGAUAUAGUUCUCCUUUUUUUUUUAAGUUACUAUUUGGCAUGCUAAAAACAUUAAAUGGUUGACAGAUAUAAAACUAAGCUACGAAAAAAAAUUGGGAAGAAAAUUUGUGUAAUAUUGUAAAAUUCUUCACACAAAUGUUUCUCCUACUUUGACAUCAAAUCAUGGACUUUUGACAUGGUCACCAAGACGGUUGCAAUAUUGAGGGCUGUUUUUGAAGCUGAUUGCUUUCAUUUUGUCCUUGUGACACUUUAAACCCUGUGAGUGACCAGCAUCUAAUUUCUCCUAACAAUAAUACUUCUGCAUCAUUCAUUAAGAUCAUGAGAAUAAAGGAAAUGAUCACCAACCUAAGAAGCUUUGAUCGUUCAACAAAUUCUCCUAGUCAGCAGCAAAGGACAUGUUUGGCGAACAGUAUGGAGAAUAUGCAUUCUGAUAUUAGGGUGACAGUGUUAAGGGUUGAUACAUUUAUAUUUGAUUGUAUUAUCAUGGCAAUUUCAUUUAAGGGUCACCUGCUAAUUUUGCUGCAUACACUGGUCUUUUGAAGCCACAUGACAGAAUAAUGGGGCUUGAUUUGCCUCAUGGGGGACAGUAAGUUUGAACAUUUGAUGUUAACAUGUAAAUUCUCUUUGCAAUUUUAGUACCUUAUCCAAUCAUAGGAAAUGAGAAUAGAUAAAUGUAUCAACAAGAUCAGGGGAUGGGAAUAGCAUCUGAUCAUGAGAGUUAGGGGGUCAUUAUGAAACCUUAUGUCACAAACUCCCCAUGAUGGUGUUUGUGAAGCAUUUAUAAAUGAAAAGAAAAUAGUUUGAAUACAUUAAUACAGGCACCAAACCUCCAUUUAGGCCAGACAGUGGUUAACUAUUUGGUGAUAAUUUUGUAUGAUAGACAGUAAUCCGUUGCCUGAUCUUUUGUCACAGUUUAACUCAUGGCUUCAUGACUGAUACCAAGAGGAUUUCAGCAACUUCAAUCUAUUUUGAGUCAAUGCCAUACAGGCUUAAUGUGAGUAACCCUACACCAAUUUCCAAUAAUAAUGACUGCAAGCUGUUACUUUUUGUGUCAUUAAGCAGCCUUUUCAGCUUAUGAAAUGUUUUUUAAGUUUUUUUUUUUGUAUUUUUUUGGAUAGAAGGGUUUUACCUUACAAGGGUUCCUACUCCUAGGAUUUGUAGACAACUGAAAUUUUGUCAUUUUUUCCAUUGUAUUAUUUCUUUUGGAGUGUAUUGUAAAAGCAGUCAAAGAAUUGCAAAAGGUGUAAGAAAAUCAGUUCAUUAACUCUAUUAACUGACUUUUAGUUCUGCACUUUGCUGUGACAUGUUUCAGGAAGAGACAGGCUUAAUAGACUAUGACAAAUUAGAAGAAACUGCUCGUCUUUUCCGUCCGAAACUGAUCAUCGCAGGAGCCAGUGCCUACUCAAGACUUUAUGACUAUGAGCGAAUGAGAGAGGUAUUAUCUUAGAAAACUGUACAAAUAAGAAAAAGAAUGUUUGUUUUCCUAAAAUUAGGUGAAAUUUUGCUCAAUGUUUGGUUAUUGUCUACAGAUUGCUGAUGAACAUAAAGCUGUCUUGCUGGCAGAUAUGGCUCAUAUAAGUGGCCUUGUAGCAGCUGGGGUAAGAAGACUUUGUCGUAAACUAUAAUGAAACCUUGAAUUGUGUGUUUCAAGAAGUCAGAAUAUCUUAAAGAUAAUAUUGCUUGGAAGUAUGUGUCCAAUUUGAUUUCUCCUAAGGUCUUUUUCUUUUUUUCAUCUAAUUGUCUACCCUUUAUUUAAAAUUUAUGCAGGUCAUCCCAAGUCCAUUUGAUCACUCUCAUGUGGUCACAUCAACAACUCACAAGACUCUAAGAGCUGUCAGGUACUGAUUCAGAUAGUGAUUCUCCUUUAGCAAUUCACAUGUCUUGUUGGUUCUAGAAGGGAGAAAUUUACAUUCAAUUUUCUCCUUUAAAAAAAAAAAGAUAAAAACAGUUUAGAUGAACCUUUUGAGUCCUUCAAUAUUUCAGUGAAAUAUUUCUUUUGGCUUCAUCUACAGAGCUGGUUUAAUUUUUUACCGUGUUGGUGUCAAAGGAAAAAACAAGAAAACUGGAAAAGAUAUCCUUUGUAAUUUUUUGGGUUGUUUUGUUUGUUGACAACUGUAGUGCUUUGAUUUGUAUACAUGCAACAAGAGAACUUACUUUGACCAAAUCGUUCCCAAACCCACAUGUAAAUGGUGGGUAUGACCAUCUUAGAUCCUGACAUGGUGAAAGCUUGCUUGGUGAGAUGGAGGCAGGGGGAGGAGGGGAGGGGGCAAUUUGACAAUUUCAUACCCUCUAUCUGCAGGGAGAUGUUAUUUUCCAAGUACAGUUGUUGGCUGGAUAAUGUACUGACAUCUUAAGAAGAAGUUAUUUGUUGAUCAACUCUGGUUUUUAAAAUGUUGAUGUUGGCAUCUGAGAGACUUUACUCAUCAGGUGGUAGCAGAUGUGAUCUGAGCAGAGUUAGAAUAUUGAAUUGAUUUUUAACCAUUUUAGAUAUAUGAAAUUCAUAUAUUUGCACUGUGGGAAAGAAACGAAUUUAAGAGAUCUUCACAGCUAAGAACACUACUGAACUAGUAGUUGAAAAUAGGACCUGAAAAAAUUCAGGCCCACAUGGGAUUUGAACCCAUGACCUCUGCGAUACCAGUGCAGUGCUCUACCAACUGAGCUAACAAGCCAACUGGGAGCUGGUAUCUAAAAUCAUUAUUCAUCACUUGGAUGGUUUAUUUGACCCAACAUAUUGACCAGCUCCCAGUUGGCUUGUUAGCUCAGUUGGUAGAGUGCUUCACCAGUAUUGCAAAGGUCAUGGGUUCAAAUCCCAUACAGGUUUGAAUUUUUCCAGGUCCUAUUUUCGACUACUAGUUCAGUAGUGUUCUUAGCUGCAAGGAUCUCUUAAAUUUGUGAUUUUUAACCCUUUACACCCUAACAUCAGUAUGUAUAUUCUCCGAACUGGUCUCUAUACACUUUCUAAAGAGAAAGGGAGAAAUCAGAUUAGAUUUAUGCAAAUGGCUAAGGUCCUCAGGAAAUAUGGUGAAGUCCUUGACUUUCAUUCAGACAUUAUGUAUGAUUUUGACAAGAACAUUGACUUUGCAGUGUUUCCAUCUCUCCAGGGAGGGCCACAUAACCAUGCUAUUGCAGGGGUGGGCGUGGCAUUGAAACAGGUGUGUUACAGCUCAUUUGACAGGCAUCAAUUAAGGCAUAGUUUUACAGUUUGCAAUUCACAUUUAGAUUUAGAUCAGGUUCUUUCGUUAUCAUCCUCUUCAGUUUCUGUGUCUUGUGCUGAUUUUGCACAUUCAGAGAAUUACAAAAGAUAUAAACACCAGAAAGUUACAAACGCUAUGAUGAGGUUUUCUUGCCUUUCUGACAAGGUAGUCUUGACUUUUUCUAAAUUGUUCACGGAUAGAUUUAUGAAGUCAAAUUGUAAAAAUGAUUCUAUGUUGUAGAGAUAUAGAGGUUUACUUAAUAAAUUUAUAUUAAUUUUUUUUUCUUUCAGGCAAAAAGCCCAAUGUUUAAAGAGUAUCAGCUUCAGGUUUUAAAGAAUGCCAAAUCAAUGGCUAAAGCUCUGACUGAUUUAGGAUAUUCUAUAGUGUCAGGUUAGGCUUAGAGAAACCCCUUCAUUGGUUAUUGUUCUGUGUAAGGAUCUUUUUUCAUGGUAAAAGGUACUUAUAGCCUUUUAUAAGUCUCUUAACUAGCUUGUUACAUACCUGAGAGCCUAUUUACUGGUAGAUGUCCCAUGAAAAUUACAGGCAAACAUAAUAAAUUCCUUUUUUCGGCAAUAGCAACUCAUUUUUUCAACAUGCAAUUAUUGUGUUGUUUCAUUUACAGGUGGUACAGACAACCAUCUUCUUCUACUUGAUCUUAGACCAAGGGUGAGAACCAGUGUAUGCCAUAGCUUGCAAGCAGGUCCUCAUUAUCUGUGCCACAGGACAAAUGUUUCUCUACAUGUGGGAAGAUUUGAGACAAGUCAUGAAGAGGAUCGCAUGGGAUCUGGGUAGACACCUUGCAGAUCUCUCAAGGUCUCAUACCUUCCUGCAUACAAACUUUUGCACCAAAGCUCUAAUGAGGGCCUGCUGGUGGGCUUUAUUUAACCCUCCCACUCCCACAAGCAAUUGAGAGGUAACUUCUCCCAAUAAUAUCCAUACACUAUCUAGCAAACAGGUAAUGAGAAUACUUAUCAUGUAAAAGUUGUUUUCUUGAUCUAACACCAAAUUCUCAGAGCUAAUUUUGAAGGAAAUGUGUAGCAGCUAGAGGGGAGAAUUAACAAUCAGAUCUGGAGAGUUAAAGGGUUAACGUGAUAUUUUUGGAUAAAGGGGUAAGUUUCUAAAGAAACUGUGGUGCUGCAUCGGUGGGAGAGUAUAGCAGGUAAUUAAGUGUUAACAACUAGGUUGAAAAUUCAUCCAAUCGCUCUGAGGAAGGGCUAACGCUCGAAAUGUCAGCUUUUUUACUCUUUACGGUGGCUAAUUUACGUUUUCAACCCAGUUGUUAACACUAAAUUACAUGAUAUUUUUGGAUUAGACACCUAGUUCUGAUUAUUUAAAAAAAGUUUAGCCAUUGUGUUACAAAACCAUGUCCUAAACAAUCCCCAAUUUAGCUGAACCUGUUAUCUGAGUAUUUAUUUUUGUGAAAUGUGCCAUGAAGGCCAAAAGCUGACAGUGGAAGGACAUUUAUUUGCUUAUAUCAACCCUCUUAUAGAGAGAGCCCAAGGCCCACUGAUUGUAUAAGACUGUGGUUUAGGUUAGACCUUGGAUAAAUAACUAGCUUUUACAGUGUUAAAUUCGAUUCUUUUAAAGGGGGGUGAUCAAAAUUGAUGUUGCUGUUUUGUUCUUUAGGGUAUUGACGGAGCUCGUGUGGAGAAAGUUCUGGAAAUGGCAUCAAUCACUGCAAACAAAAAUACCUGCCCUGGGGACAAGAGUGCUUUGAAACCUGGAGGACUUAGAUUAGGUACAAAGAUUGUUCUUUAAUUAUGACCGUGAUCUGAAAGUAAAUUUUCCACGGGCUAUUUAGGCCACUUUAUUUCUUAUUACUCCACAGACAGGAGAGGGGAUGAUGUCUUGCUUUUCCUUGCCCUUUCCCCCUACUGUUCCCUAUAAACUCUAAAUCAAACUAGGCUGGCUGGAUAAAAUGAUGAUGAACUUGUAAUGUUAACUUGUCCUGAUGAGACGCCUGCACUGCAAGCUACCUCCCCCUCCCAGAUGACAUUCAUGAACCAUUAAAUUAAACCCUAAUGAUGGUUUGAUUUAUUAUCACUAUGUACAUGGUCAGAUUUCUGUAGUUUGUAUUGUGAGCAAGUAACUUGUAUUGUAGGAUUGACUGUUCUUUUCUUGAUAGGUGCACCUGCCCUCACUUCCCGUAACUUCAAAGAAGAGGACUUUGUGAAGAUUAUAGAGUAUUUGGACCGAGGAGUGAAGAUUGCAGUUGAGGCACAAAGUGCAACAGGUAGGGCUUUGCUUGAGCAUUGCUUUCAAUGUGGGCCAAGGUAUAUAACAUUUGCCAGGCUAGGUCAUUAUGUUGGGUUCUUGGGAAAAACUUUCACAAUACCUCUUUCCAAGUUGGAGUAUCAAUGGGUACAAUGAAGUGUUAGGUGCCAUCCCAUCCAGGGGAAAGUACUAUUUCUCCUCCCAAUCACUUAGUGCAAGGGAAAUGGGGAUAGGCUUCACCUGGUGGGUCACUUGGCUUUAGUACAGAGGUAACCUUCGUAUAAUUAACCACAACCCAGACUAAGCAUUCAAAUGGAAUUCAAAUUUUUUGGAACAGCUGAAGAGAUCUUGUAGGUGAUCAAUGUGAUCUUUUACUAUUUUAGUUAGACAGAGUUUCUCCUUACAAUAUCAAUGCAGUAUCAACCGGAUAAGUGACGAGAAUAAAGAAAAUAUCAAUUUAGGGAUUAUUAGUUGAACCAAUACUAAAUUCUCUGAACUAACAUCACAAGAAAAGUAUGGUUUACAGUAAGGAGAAUUACAAGUUUGAUAUGGGAAUUAAAGGGUUAAGCUGCAGGGAUGCCACACUGCUAUGAUGAGAUUUAUAUCAUCAACAAUCAAUUUAUCAAUUUUCCAUCUGUACAUAGAAACAUGUAUUGCAUACAAAUAGCUUUGUAUAUAUCAUGUAGAUAGCUGGCAAUUUUUUGAACUGGAGACAACUUUGAGACUAUGACACCUAUGCUUUAUGUUCUACUUAAUGACACUCAAAUUGCUGUUGAUUGUCACACAGCUGUUUGUUCAUGCACAAUACAAUAAUUCUAUAGCUGCAUACCAAGUAGUUAAAUUUGUGACGUGUUUUGUCUCUUCAUUUUUAAAGGUGAUGCCAUGAAGGACUUUCUUUCACAUAUUGAAUCUAACCCAGAAACAAAGGCAAAAAUUGACUCUCUCAGAGCAGAUGUGGAGAGUUUUGCAAGAGGUUUCACAAUGCCUGGAUUUGAAAGUCGCUGAUUUGAGAGGCAGUGGAUAACAAGAAUGAGUCUUGAUUAAUGGUCUCCAAUCUUCAAGGACCAGAACUUUCACUCAGUGGAGAGCUUGCUGAAAUGAGGGAAUUUACUAUUACUGAAAAUCUUGAUAAAAGAAAUGAAUUCUUUAUAGAGAGAUACUUGUGAAUUUUUGAUGACUGGCCAAGGGAACUUAUUACUGCUGCAUUGGAGGAGAAGUAAAGCAGCUUGAAAAACCUAAACGGCCGAACAAUAUGCUUACGUAUGAAUGCAUUUUAAGAUAAUUAUAUUCAAACAUUUUGGUUGGUUUCAUCCAAAUAUAGUGGAGCAAAAUUUUUAUCUAUAAAAGGAUGAGUUGGAAACUCUCAUUCCUUUUUUCUAGCCAAUGUUUUCAUUGACGCAGGGCAUCUUAAUAAAAGUCAAAACUACCAGUUGCUCGUACACAAGUGGUGUGGAGGAGUUACCAGGUCAACAAGUUAGUGCCAAAUUCUUGACAAUUUCUUGCAUGUUGUUUUUUGUUUGAUCAGAAUUGGUAACAUUUGGGAAUGUCUUAGAUUUAUCAUUCGUUAUAAGCAUGCAAAAACGUUUCAAAGGUACAACAGAUAUCUAUGAACACAAUAUAUUUUCAGUCUAAUAUACAGCUUAAUCUGAAUUUGAGAUUAAAUAUUGGAAUGGUG